UCCUAUCAAACUUACCUUUUUAUGUUCAGUGACUACAUUUCCCAUGACAUCUCUGUUAGUGGCCGCUGUGCUGGAUGACAGCUAUCCGGCGCCGAAACAACGAUAGACACUCAGACGAGAGAGCCAUGGCGGCCACGGGUGGAGGGAAAAUUAGAAGCAGGAGAUAUCAUAUCGCUUCUAAACCUUACGCCAAGAGUAAACAGCAACACCAGUCAGGCCUCAUCAGCAGAGUGACGGACACAGUAAAGAGCAUCGUUCCUUCCUGGCUCCAGAAAUAUUUCAAGAAUGAAGAUGCUCCUGAAGGAAGAGGAGCUGUACAAGGGACAGACGAGAACUGCAAGCCGCCACCACCACCACCACCUCCUAAUGGCAGUGAAGAGGAACCUUCUCCCCUCGAUGGACGUGAUUCCCCAGAGCCUAGCACCAGUACCACAGAGCCCUCAACCAGUCGGGCAUCCCUGAACUUUCAGGAAUAUGUGCUUUCUCGACCUCCUCUGAGUCGCUCCCACCUUCAUUUUCCCUCACUGGAUGCUUCUGCUCCGACACUGGGGGCUUCUAGCAACCUCUUCUCCCAACCCUCUACCUCUUCAGCCCCUGGACCCUUUUCUACUGGCUUCUCCUUGGUCAAAGAAAUCAAGGACAACCUCUCACAGCAUGAAGACGAUAACAUCUCCACUACAAGUGGAUUCUCCUCCCGUGCAUCUGACAAAGAUGUCCCCACUUCCAAAACCUCAUCACUUCCCCAGCUUUGGUCCCCAGAGACAGAAAGAACAAACUCCGGGCCACAGCCUUCGCAGUCUAGUCUGAAAAAGCCUGCUUUCAACUUGUCUGUCUUUGGAACUUCCUCCAAUUCAACAUUAAACAGCACAGUGCUGAAUUCCAGCCAGCUUGGAGAUUCACCCUAUUACCCCGGGAAGACUACAUAUGGUGGGGCAGCUGCAGUCAGGAGCAGUCGCACACGUCCUGGAACACCAUACCAGGCUCCAGUGAGGAGACAGAUCAAGGCCAAGCCUGCCGGUGCUCAGCCCUGUGGGGUGACCAGUGCCACAGCCAGACGCAUCCUGCAGUCCUUGGAGCGCAUGUCCAGCCCUGUGGCUGAUGCCAAGAGGAUCCCAGCAGCAGCCUCAUCCCCCCUGUCACCAUCAAUGGAUGGCACAAAUCUAGAUGUUUCACUUUUCCAGUCAAAAAAGAAACGGAUGGAGUCGCCUCUUCCACCGGUGCAGAAGCUAGUGGUUCCUUCUGGAGCCUCAGUGUCAGGAAACCGCUCCAUGUCCUUCAGGCCUACUUUGAUUCCUGGAGGAGUGAGCCGAACUCUGGACAUGACCCCAAGAGAGGCGCCCACAAGACAGUUACAGCAGCUUCGUGGAGCAACCCCUGGUCCAUCUCAAAGCACAACGAGUUCCAGAAACCUAGCCUAUCCUUUGUCAAGCACGCCGGCAGCCAGCAGCAUCAACACUGGAGGGGGCAAGAUGAAGAGAGAGAGGACCAGUGCACGACCCUCCUCCAAACGCUCUGAAGAGGAUGAGGUGGUUGAGGUACCAGACCUUCCUACCAUUUCACUUCCUAUCAGCACCGCUGCUUUGCCCAACUUCAGCUUCUCCUCCCCUCCUCCACCUCUCACCACCUCCACUACCAUCAGCACUGCCCCCAAUGUCACGGCCGUUACUCCUGCUAAGGAAACGGUCACCAAUAAGGAGCCUUCAAUGGCCUCAACACCUCCUUGUGUACCUUUUACAUUUUCUUCCCCUAUUGUCAAAGCAACUGCUGCUAGCCCACCUUCCUUUUCACCUUCCGAUGGAUUUACGUUUAGUGCACCUGUAGCUAAAUUAGGUCCCUCUAUGUCAAAUGGGAAGCUGGCCACUCCCAUACCGGCAGCAGUGAAACCAGCAGCCAGCAAAAGCACAGAAGAUUUGGAAGGACCCUUGAAACCAGCCAAGGUCCUGAAGCAGGGAAGUGUGCUGGAUCUUCUCAAAGCGCCUGGAUUUGCCUCUCCUGUUACUCGGACUUCCCCAGGCCCUGACAUUGCUCCCCAGGAGAUCUCUACACAGUCCACCUCCCCCUCCACAACCACCUCCUCCCCCCCUUCUUCAUCAGGGUUGGGUGAAUUGUUCAAAGCUCCACCGGGCUGGAGCCGUGAUGUCUGUUUGGUGCAGAACAAGCCAUCAGACACAAAGUAUGUUUGCUGUAAGGCCCCGCAGCCCAACUCCACCCCAUCCAAAUCUGCAGAUAGUAAACCUUCACCUGCAAGCUCGGUUGUGCUGGAGAGCAGCAGCACAACUACCACCUCCACCACUACAACCACCACAGGUUUUGGUACAAUGUUUACCAAACCUGCAGGAACCUGGGACUGUGAUACAUGUCUUGUUCUGAACAAACCUGAUGCAGUAAAGUGUGUUGCCUGUGAAACAGCCAAACCUGGGAUGGGACUUAAGCCCUCACUUACGCUUCCCUCUGCCUUCUCAGCUGGUAAGACUGUACCUGCCCCCACAGCCCCUGUUUCUACAGAGUUCAUUGGAUUUGGAGACAAGUUCAAGAAACCUGAGGGUGCAUGGGAAUGUGAUACUUGUUGGGUGCAAAAUAAGGCAGAGGACACAAAGUGUGCGGCCUGCACAGGUGCUAAACCAGCUGGAGCUUCAUCAGGAUCCUCUUCUUCAGCCAGCACUGCUCCAGUGUUUGGGUUGGGAGACAAGUUCAAGAAGCCAGAGGGGGCCUGGGACUGUGACGUCUGUCUUGUACAGAACAAGGCUGCUGAUAUACAGUGUAUUGCUUGCAAGGCAGCCAAACCUGGAGCUAAAGUGGAGCCCAAAGCUUUUUGUACAUUAGCUGGUGGGAAUUCAGGCUCCUCUACAUUCAUCUCUUCUGCUUCGAGUUCUGGAGGUUUUAAGUUUGGCACAUCAGACAGUACUGUGGGUUUUGCAUCUGGAGGUUUCAAGUUUGGGGACUCAUUUUCAGAGCCAUCCUCUUCUUCAUCAUCAGGUGGGUUCAAAUUUGGAGUCCCAUGUAGAAGCUCCUCAUCAGAAACCACUUCUAAAGACACUACUACCACAUCAGGGUUUAAAUUCGGCAGCUCAGCAGAGAGCUUUAAAUUUGGGUCUGCCUCUAGUGAUGACAAAAAGUCAGACCCACCUGCCACAGGUUCUGGGUUAAAGUUUGUAGCCAGCAGUGGGAUAGUCUUUGGAACUGGAUCCUCUAGCACAGAAAGCUCCGCUAAGGGUGGCUUCACCUUUGGACUGGCAAAACCUGAAGAGAAAAUAUCAGAUACCACCACCACCACCACCACCACCCCCUCCUCAUCCUCUGUUAGUUUCAAUUCUCCUGCUUCAUCUCAAGAAAAGAGUGACAGUGCAACAUCAUCAAAUAACACCACAUCAACAAAUACCAAUGCAACUACCACCACCACUGGAUCUAUUUUUGGGCAAAUGGGUGAGGCAACUUUGGCCACCACCACACCUCAAGGCGGCACUACUUUUGGGUCCUUACAGCCAUACAAAGCACCAGCGGCUCCUACGUUUACCUUCGGGAAGCCCGAUGAAAAGAAGGAAGCUGCUGCCUCUUCAGCUCCAUCUACCUUCCUCUUCGGUACCGCUAGUAAAGAUACAAAUGCUGCACCAACACUGGCCACUUCAGGAGCUUUUUCCUUCAGCAAGCCCAGUGCUUCAACAGAGCAACCUCCACCCACAUUCACCUUUGGCAAACAAGCAGACAAGAACGACACAUCUGCUGCAGAGGCUCCAAAGCCCUCCUUCACUUUUGGACAAAAUGCUACAGAUUCUGCUGCUGCUCCAAAACCAGCCUUUUCCUUUAUGGCUAGCAAUCCCACCAACACCACAACCUCCACCACCUUGUCGUCCUCCACCCCAAGUCUGUUUGGUACCGGUGGCAGCAGCUCCACCCAGGCUUCAGUUCCUUCUGCAGCUUCCAGCACCUUCAUGUUUGGUCAGCCUGCUGCAACCUCCAGUGACGCUUCUCCUGCUAAAGCCUUUAUGUUUGGCCAGAGUCAGGACAGCCAGCCGCCUGCCCCUUCAGCUGCUCCUCUGAACUCGACUCCAGCCCCAGCUCCAGCUCAGCCUUUCAUCUUUGGUGAUCCUGCCAAUGCUGCUCCUCCUGCUGCUGCUUCUUUUGGAUUUGGAGCAGCAGCACCCUCUGCUGCCUCAUCUUCAGCCCCAUCUGCAGCUCCCGCUCCAUUUGUGUUCAGCUCAGCCCCAUCUGGUGGGUUUGGGGCCAACCAGACUCCUUCAUUUGGCUCAUCCUUUGGAUCCCCCUUCACAGCCGCCCCCUCCCAGACCCCAGCCUUUGGAGUCAAACCCAAUGCCACCCCUGUCUUUGGACAACAGGCCGACUCCACAGCUGUAUUUGGGGUAGCUGCUAAUUCUGCACCAGGUGGAGGCUUUCAGUUUGGAGGAGCCAGUGCGUUUGGAGCCACAAAUAAUACCUCAGGUGUGUUCACUUUUGGAGUAGGAUCAGCAGCGUCUCCUGCCCCCUCAGCCAACCCCUUAAUUGCACCUCAGUCAGGAGCACCUGGAGGCGGAUUCAACUUCCCACAGCCCCCCACAUUCAAUAUCGGAUCAGCUAAAUCCUUCCCCGCUUCUCCUGCUGGACAGCAAGCGAUCGCUGGGCGUAAGAUCAAGACAGCAGUGCGACGCAGAAAGUAGAGCCCAGUGGACUUGACUUUGACUUGACUAUAUCCCCACUGAAAACUAAAAGUCCUGGACGGUCUCAACUGGACAAACACCAAAAUGACUUUGUGGCGUGUGAUGUAGGCUGAGCUGAUAAUUCACAUGUAAACCAGAUCUGUCAAUAUGUGAGACCAUCCCACAUGAAAAAAAGUGACUGACCUGUGACACUGACUUAGAAAACAACAAUCAAGCAAGGACCCCCUGCUCGACAUGAUAAACAAGCAACGCAGUCAUAUCUAUAUUUUGAACACCGGCAAAUGUCAGCUAGACUUUAAGCAUGACUUUUUGUAAUAAAAUUGCAAAGGCAAAAACUGUAAAUCUGAA